AUGGGCAAGGGGGCUGGAAGAGACAAGUAUGAGCCUACUGCAACAUCCGAACAUGGCGCAAAGAAGAAAAAGGGGGCGAAGGUGGAGAGGGACAUGGAUGAGCUUAAGAAGGAAGUCUCAAUGGAUGACCACAAGCUCAGCCUUGAUGAACUUCAUCGUAAAUAUGGAACAGACUUGAGUCGGGGUUUGACUACUGCGCGCGCAGCUGAGAUUUUGGCUCGUGAUGGCCCAAAUACCCUCACGCCCCCACCCACCACUCCUGAAUGGGUGAAGUUCUGUCGGCAGCUCUUCGGAGGGUUCUCACUCCUGUUGUGGAUUGGUGCUAUUCUGUGUUUUCUGGCUUACGGCAUACAAAGCGUGAUGGAGGAGGAGCCCAACAAAGAUAACCUGUACCUAGGUAUUGUGUUGGCAGCUGUGGUGAUCAUUACUGGCUGUUUCUCGUAUUACCAAGAAGCAAAAAGUUCCAAGAUCAUGGAGUCCUUCAAGAACAUGGUGCCUCAGCAAGCUCUUGUAGUCAGAAAUGGUGAGAAGAUGAGCAUCAAUGCGGAAGGUGUUGUAGUUGGAGAUCUAGUGGAGGUGAAAGGAGGAGACAGAAUUCCAGCUGACCUUCGGAUCAUAUCUGCACAUGGUUGCAAGGUGGAUAACUCUUCACUUACUGGCGAGUCAGAGCCUCAGACCAGGUCUCCAGACUUCUCCAACGAGAACCCACUGGAAACCAGGAACAUUGCCUUCUUUUCCACCAACUGUGUGGAAGGCACUGCCCGUGGCAUUGUUAUUAGGACUGGGGACCGCACUGUGAUGGGCCGUAUUGCCAGUCUGGCAUCUGGACUGGAAGGGGGAAAGACUCCCAUUGCCAUGGAGAUUGAGCACUUCAUCCACCUCAUCACUGGAGUGGCUGUGUUCCUGGGUGUCAGCUUCUUCAUCCUCUCGCUGAUCCUUGAAUACACUUGGCUGGAGGCUGUAAUCUUCCUUAUAGGAAUCAUCGUUGCCAACGUUCCUGAGGGACUGCUCGCAACUGUCACGGUAUGUCUGACACUAACAGCCAAGCGUAUGGCUCGCAAGAACUGCUUGGUGAAGAACCUGGAAGCUGUGGAAACUCUGGGAUCCACAUCCACCAUCUGCUCUGACAAAACAGGCACUCUGACACAAAACCGCAUGACAGUUGCGCACAUGUGGUUUGACAAUCAGAUUCAUGAGGCUGAUACUACAGAGAACCAGAGUGGUGCUUCCUUUGACAAGAGUUCAGCUACUUGGACUGCUUUGUCCAGAGUUGCAGGUCUCUGCAACCGUGCCGUGUUCCAGGCCAAUCAGGAAAACGUACCAAUCCUUAAGAGAGCAGUGGCAGGGGAUGCCUCUGAGUCAGCACUUCUGAAAUGCAUCGAACUGUGCUGUGGUUCUGUUAAGGAGAUGAGAGAGAGGUAUCCCAAAGUGGUGGAAAUACCUUUUAACUCUACCAACAAGUACCAGCUGUCUAUCCACAAGAACGCAAACCCUUCAGAAUCCCGUUACUUGCUGGUGAUGAAGGGUGCUCCAGAGAGGAUCUUGGAUCGGUGCAGCUCCAUUCUUCUUCACGGCAAAGAGCAACCACUGGAUGAGGAGAUGAAAGAUGCCUUUCAGAAUGCCUACCUUGAGCUGGGAGGCCUUGGGGAGAGAGUGUUGGGAUUCUGUCACUUGGCUCUGCCUGAUGACCAGUUCCCCGAAGGCUUCCAGUUCGACACGGACGAAGUGAACUUUCCUGUAGACAAACUCUGCUUUGUAGGAUUGAUGUCGAUGAUCGACCCUCCUCGUGCUGCUGUGCCAGAUGCUGUUGGCAAAUGCAGAAGCGCUGGGAUUAAGGUCAUCAUGGUUACUGGAGACCAUCCGAUCACAGCCAAAGCCAUUGCCAAGGGUGUCGGCAUCAUCUCUGAGGGCAAUGAAACAGUGGAAGAUAUUGCCGCUCGACUCAACAUUCCUGUCAGCCAAGUAAACCCGAGGGAUGCUAAGGCUUGUGUUGUUCAUGGCUCAGACUUGAAGGACAUGACUAGCGAGCAGCUGGAUGACAUCCUGAUGCAUCAUACAGAAAUUGUCUUUGCCAGGACAUCUCCUCAGCAGAAGCUUAUCAUUGUGGAAGGCUGUCAGCGACAGGGUGCCAUUGUAGCAGUCACAGGUGAUGGUGUGAACGAUUCCCCAGCCCUGAAGAAGGCGGACAUCGGUGUCGCUAUGGGUAUUUCAGGCUCAGAUGUCUCCAAGCAGGCAGCUGACAUGAUUCUGCUGGAUGAUAACUUUGCCUCUAUUGUCACUGGCGUUGAAGAAGGGCGUCUGAUCUUUGAUAACCUGAAGAAGUCCAUUGCUUACACCUUGACCAGUAACAUUCCUGAAAUCACACCUUUCCUGAUCUUCAUCGUUGCGAACAUCCCCCUUCCACUGGGAACGGUCACCAUCCUCUGCAUUGACUUGGGCACUGACAUGGUCCCUGCUAUCUCCCUGGCAUACGAGCAAGCUGAGAGUGACAUUAUGAAGAGGCAGCCCAGAAAUCCCAAAACAGACAAGCUGGUGAACGAAAGGCUGAUCAGCAUGGCCUACGGGCAGAUCGGUAUGAUCCAGGCCCUUGGAGGUUUCUUCACCUAUUUUGUAAUCAUGGCAGAGAAUGGGUUCUGGCCCUCUGGAUUGCUAGGAAUCAGAGUCCAGUGGGAUGACCGAUGGAUUAACGACGUCGAAGACAGCUACGGACAGCAGUGGACCUAUGAACAGAGGAAAAUAGUGGAGUUCACUUGCCAUACAGCCUUCUUUGUCAGCAUUGUGGUUGUGCAGUGGGCGGACUUGAUCAUUUGUAAGACCCGAAGGAAUUCUGUCUUCCAGCAGGGAAUGAAGAACAAGAUCUUAAUAUUUGGUCUCUUUGAGGAGACUGCUCUGGCUGCUUUCCUUUCCUACUGUCCCGGGAUGGAUGUUGCUCUAAGGAUGUAUCCCCUCAAGCCCACGUGGUGGUUCUGCGCCUUCCCAUACUCCCUCCUUAUAUUCCUCUACGAUGAAAUCAGAAAGCUCAUUAUCAGACGCAACCCUGGUGGUUGGGUGGAAAAAGAGACCUACUACUAAAAAGCGC